UGUGUCUCUGCGUGAAAUUCCUAAAGUUUGGAGUUGCGUCUUUUGUUUGACGAUAGCAAAGCUCAUAAAAGUCGUCGGAAGGCAGCCAGCAGAAACCGAAAACUACCGCCAGGGCUUGGAGCACGACAAAAGAUUUGGGACUUUUUGAUUUUUGACUUUGUCGAGCGGUGCUGAAGUGAAGUAUGUGGCAAACAAAAACACGGCGGCGGCGGUCAAGCAAUUGGUGAAAGUAAGGAAGAAAUGCGUUCUUACACAUGAGGACCAACAUACCAUUGCUGAAGAAACGAUGCCAAGGCGCUGACGAGAUGGAAGUCAGCGACAAGGAACGACUAAGGUGGCGCGACGAAGACACAGACAAGGACACCGACCACACCCAAGAACCCCGAGAUGAGCCGGGCCUUCCCAUCAUGCACUGGGAGGCGUUGAGCCUUCGCAUCGCCGAGCUGGAGAAACAAGAAGAGGAGAAGAAGGACAAACUGGCACAGAGCGGCGCGGCAUCCCUGGAGCGGGGGCGAGCUCCCGUCAGCUGCACAGACGAACAAGGAUACGGCAGACAAGAAAGCUGGGAGGACGGUCGCUGGCGUCAUCGCCGCCACCUCGACCGCCGGGACGGGCUGGACCGCAGCGAUGACAGUGAGGACUUGUCAGCCCUCGGUUCACGGCUGCAGACGCAGAUGAACCUUCAGCUCUGCUUCAUCAACAACAGCGAGAGUGACGACGAAGAGCAAGAAGAAGAAGAAGAAGAGCGAGAAGAGAGAGAUGCCAGCGCGGCUGUGAGAGGAAGCGUCGUUGCGGGUCACAAGACGGCCACGCCGGCGGCCAAGACCGAGAAAAACAAGUCCAGGGGCUUCCGCAGCACUUGGAGGAAACUGCGAGAGCGACUGCGAACGGACCACAAGCCAGCCAAUCCGCCCGGCGCCGAACCGCCGCUCCGCGGGAGACACUUGGAGCGCAGUGACGUGCACAAGUUGAGCCUCAGGGAGCUGCGUGCGCAACGAUCAUUUCUCACUCAAACAGUACAAGAGCUGAGCUCGGAUCUGGUGGCUGGGCUGCAGGUGCGAGACCAACUGAGGACUGAGCAGGACGCCAUGUUGCUGGAGCUUCAGGACCUCACGUCUUUGCACGGCUGACGGACGCCAGCGUCCGCCCGGUGUCACCGACCCAAUAACUCCUUGAGGAAGAACGUCCGCCGACAGAUUGACUCUCCGACGACGGGACUGACUUUGACCAUUUCAACGCGUUAACGUGACACUACGUUUGUUUGUUUUAAACACAUGAAAAGGGAAUUCUCAACCAGAUGUUUUUAUAUCCACAAGGACGAUCACGCCUUUGUCUGAAUAAUGCUUUCCGUCUCCGUGCGUUAGCUUAGCAUGAGCGCCAUUUGGACUAAAAGCUUGAAGGGAACAAUGGGAGGCGGAAGGUUGGUCCACUUGUUUAUGUUCGACCAUGUUGACGAGUAUUAAAGUCCAUUGAAAUCA